UGACUGCUGAUUUACAUCGACGGCGAGUGAAGUUCACGUCGACAAAACCGGCCAGCUACUCGAGGGAGGCACGUAAAUUAAGGAAUUUAUAAGUGAAAAUGAAAUUAGUCGUGCAACUAUUACUCGCCCUAGUGGCGAUUAAAAUCGGCCACGCCGAAGUCUUCCUCGAGGAGAAGUUUUUGGACGACUCAUGGGAGAAGGACUGGAUUUAUUCGAAGGCUCCCGGAAAGGAGUUUGGCAAGUUCAAGCUGAGCUCGGGCAAAUUCUACAAUGACGUCGAGCAGGACAAAGGUCUGCAGACCUCUGAAGAUGCCCGUUUCUAUGCCUUGUCGCGCAAGUUCAAGCCCUUCAGCAAUGAGGGCAAGCCCCUGGUCAUCCAGUUCUCCGUCAAGCACGAGCAGAACAUUGACUGCGGUGGCGGAUACGCCAAGGUUUUUGACUGCAAACUCGAGCCUUCCGAGAUGCACGGUGACUCCCCGUAUGAAAUUAUGUUCGGCCCUGACAUUUGCGGUCCCGGCACCAAGAAGGUGCACGUCAUCUUCAGCUACCAGGGCAAGAACCACCUGAUCAACAAGGAAAUCCGGUGCAAGGACGACGUCUACACUCAUCUGUACACUUUGAUUGUCAAGCCGGACAACACCUACGAGGUUCUCAUCGACAACGAGAAGGUCGAGGGAGGCGAACUGGAGGCCGACUGGAACUUCCUGCCCCCCAAGAAGAUCAAGGAUCCUGAAGCCAAGAAGCCCGAGGACUGGGACGAGCGUGCCACCAUCGAUGACCCCAACGACGCCAAGCCCGAGGACUGGGAAAAGCCCGAACACAUUGCCGACCCUGAGGCUAAGAAGCCCGAGGACUGGGACGAUGAGAUGGACGGCGAGUGGGAGCCCCCAAUGAUCGACAACCCUGAGUACAAGGGCGAAUGGAAGCCGAAGCAGAUUGACAACCCUGCCUACAAGGGCGUCUGGGUGCACCCUGAGAUUGACAACCCUGAAUACAAGGCCGACCCUAACCUUUACAAGAGAGACGAGAUCUGUGCCAUUGGUUUUGAUUUGUGGCAGGUCAAGUCCGGCACCAUCUUUGACAACGUUUUGAUCACUGAUGAUCCCGACUACGCCAAGAAGUACGGAGAAGACAUCUGGAAACCCACCAUUGAAGGAGAGAAGAAAAUGAAGGAGGCUCAAGAUGAGGAAGAGCGCAAGAAGCGUGAAGCUGAGGCCAAGGAGGCCGCCGAUAAGGCCGAGGAUGAGGAUGAUGACGAAGAUGAUGAUGACAAUGAAGUCGCCGAGGGUGAUGCCCCCGAAACAGGCGAGGAGGGUAAAAAGAAAAAGGGCAAGAAAGGUGCCAAAAAGGCAUCUGGCUCGAAAGAUGCCAAAAAAGCAUCUGAAUCGAAAGAUUCCAAAGAGAAGAAGGACGGUAGCCACGAUGAGUUGUAAGCGGAAUGUGCUGAGUGAGUGAUUGUGUAGUGCAGCCGAGCUGUUAUGGAUGCACAGACUGAUAAUUCCCAAUAAUGAAACAAAGACUAUUGUGAGAGCCUGUUGAAGUGUAAUUUGAUCGUUUGAUUGAUUCACCUUUUUUUCUUCACACAACCGCUAAAAUUCAUCAGUGUCAAAAUUAUUCCUUCUGUAUUUAUAUCCGAUUUCGGAUAGCCCCUGAUUUCCGCAGUCACAUUUUUGGCUAAACCUGACAAAUGAUGUGUAUGAUUGGGGUGGAUGGUUCGCGCUACGCGGCUUCUCAGUUAUAUAAUGAAAACGCCCGUUGACCUGUGUCAACGAGUGGCGGUUUUGAGGCAUUUCUGUUGACUUUACACGUACAGUAACUACAAAGUUGAAAUUUUUCAUUUCACACAAAUGUACUCCCUGUUUAGUGUUCCCGUAAGGAAGUUGUUUUGUUCGUCAAAAUUUACAGCAUUUUUAUUAUUUAAUUGAUUGUGAUUGAUUUGAAUUCUAUGCAUAGAGAUUAUGAAGUGAAAGAAAUGGUGUUUGUGGAAACUUCCAAUAAAACUUUGUGUUUUCUCAAAAAAUGCAGCAAA